AUGGCUGACGGAUCUGUUAAUUCCUCCGAACGGACCGUGUCUGAUGCUGCUAUGUCGUCAAGUUCGUCGUCAAUUGUGUCGCUAUCCACCACACAUGACUUCAUCAGUACGAAGUUAACCUACAAGAAUUAUUUGUUAUGGCGUACGAAAGUCGUCCCGUUUCUUCACGGGCAUGACCUAAUGGGAUUUGUUGAUGGUACGAAACCCUCACCGGUUGUUCUUCUUGCUGCCGACGCCAUGCCACGGCCGAAUCCCGCCUAUGCCGUUUGGAUGCGUCAAGAUCAAGCAUUGUUGUCCAUGCUUGUCUCCUCCCUCUCCGACGAGGUCAUGCCAAUCGCCGUCGGACGUCGCACGAGUCAUGCCCUUUGGAAGGCCAUUGUUCAGACGUUGUCGUCUUCCUCCCGCGCCCGCGCGUUAAACCUUCUCGGCCAGUUGCAAGGACUGGACCAGGGUGAUUCUUCGGUUGCGGAUUACAUCGGGCGAGCUCAGGUGAUUGUUGAAGAGCUCACCCUUGCCGGCCGCGUCGUCUCCCUCGACGAUCAGAAUCUCUUUGUUUUUCGCGGCUUGAGACCGGAAUUCCGUGCCCUCACCGCGUCUCUUGCCGUCCGUGGGCAGCCGGUCACGCUCCAGGAGUUGGCGGACUUCCUCGGCGCCCAAGAAUUUAUCGCCAGCCGUGAUUACGGCGGUGCUCCGCGGCUCUUGCUGUUCAGCGCGGUGGCGGCCGAUCAGGUCGCGGAGGUCAGAACCGUGGCGGCGGUCAACGAGCAGGCGGUGGCAAUAGCGGGUCCAAUCGUGGUGGUGGCGGUAGACAGCAAGGUGGCCGUGGGCGUGGUGGCCGCGGUCGCGGACGCAACAGUGGUAGCAAUCAGGUUCAGUGCCAGAUAUGUAGGUGCUAUUGAAAGAUCUAUAUGA